UAAACUAAGUAGACAAGAUGGUAAUUUGCCUUCAAAUCAGUUUAUAAAACCCUCCUGACCGAUUACAGAAGGAAGACUCCAAAGCUUUCCACCAAACAUUUUGCUUGUAUUUUCAAUGAGGUUAAUCACCUGGUUCUUGCUCUCAGUGCUCUUCCUUUACCAACAAUCUUUGGCUUUCCAAGCUGGUCAGGAACUGGGCCUUCAGUUUCUGACUCGUGAGCUGUUAGCAGCAGCAAGAGAACCAGACUUCUUUGAAUGGGUGAGAGGAAUCAGAAGGAGAAUUCACGAGUAUCCAGAGCUAGGAUUUGAAGAGUACAGAACAAGUGAGAUCAUCAGGUCUGAGCUUGACUUGCUUGGAAUCGACUACAAAUGGCCCGUUGCCAAGACUGGGGUGGUAGCUACCGUCGGUUCCGGCCAAGAGCCAGUAUUUGCUCUCAGAGCUGACAUGGAUGCCCUGCCUCUACAGGAAGAAGUAGAGUGGGAGCACAAGAGCAAGAUUGAUGGCAAGAUGCAUGCCUGCGGUCAUGAUUCUCAUGUAGCAAUGCUGCUUGGAGCAGCCAAGUUACUUCAAGCCAAAAGAGAAACACUGAAGGGAACCGUGAAGCUUGUUUUCCAGCCAGGAGAAGAAGGCUAUGCCGGUGCGUACCAUAUGUUACAAGAUGGUUGUCUUGAUGACGUUGAAGCCAUCUUAAGCAUACAUGUUAUCCCAUCAGUACCAACUGGUGCCAUUGCUUCAAGACCCGGCCCAUUGCUUGCUGGUGUGGGGCUUUUUGAAGCUAAAAUCCAAGGAAUAGGUGCCCACGCUUCAUCUCCACAUUUGGCUAGGGACCCAAUUCUUAUGGCAUCAUCUGCAGUCGUUGCUCUCCAACAGAUUGUAUCUCGUGAGACAGAUCCUCUUGAAGCUGCGGUGGUGACAGUUGGGUACAUAGAGGGGGGGAAAGCUGGAAACGUUAUUCCGGAAACGGCGAAAUUUGGAGGAACUUUUAGGAGUUUGAGCAACGAAGGUGUGUCCUACCUACAAAAAAGAAUUCAAGAGAUCAUAGAGGCCCAUGCAGCAGUGCAUCGAUGCAAUGCUACAGUGAACUUUAUGGAGGACAGACAUCUGCCACAUCCUGUGAUGAUUAAUGAUGAACAACUGUAUAAGCAUGCAAAGAGGGUUGGAGAGGCCUUACUCGGAGAACCAAAUGUGCAGCUAUUCCCAGUAACAAUGGGAGCAGAGGAUUUCAGCUUCUUCUCCCAAAGGAUGCCUGCUGCAAUAUUUGUUAUUGGGACAAUGAAUGAGACGCUGAAAUCACAUCAGCCGCUUCACUCACCUUACUUCUUUAUUGAUGAGGAGGCUCUUCCGAUAGGCACAGCUCUUAAUGCUGCCGUUGCAAUCUCCUACUUGGAUACGCAAAUUGUGAAGAAUUGUGAGGAACCUCCCUCAGCUUUUGCUUUUUGAAAAGCAAGAAUAACAUGCAAGUUAACAAAAUCUGCAGAUAUGCAGUUGACAUGGUGCAAAAUAAAUGUGCUGUUGCAGUUUUUAACUAAUUGCAAAAUGAAUAUGCUGUAGCACGUCUUUGCUAGAGAUGAUAUGCGACUACAUUUCUAAGAAUCUAAUGAUUGGGAUAUUUAGUAAGC